GACCCAGGGACCCAAGGACCCAGGGGUUGGGGACCCAAGGACCCAGGGACCCAAGGAUCCAGAGGUUUGGGGACCCAGGGACCCAAGGACCCAAGGACCCAAGGGUUGGGGAUCCAGGGACCCAGGGACCAAGUGGUUGGGGACCCAGGGACCAGAG